AUGGCACAACUUGCCCCCGUGCUCCGACGUUUUCGUCGACCUCUGCGACGAGGCCCUCUACCCCGUCUGGUCGCCAGUGUUAUUGUGGCGCUGGUCUCGGCGGCACUGGGGUUGUAUUUGUUGCUGGCCUACCCGCUGGCCGACGAUCCGCGACUGGUGCCGCAUAACCUGCAGCGCGCCCGCCAUGUGCUGCUGGUGACUGCCCACCCCGACGAUGAGACUCUGUUCUUCAGUCCAACUAUUCUCUAUCACCGUCGGGCUCCCGAUGUCACUCGAGCUUUGUUGGUCCUCUCUUCCGGGAACUACAAUGGCCUGGGGGACCUUCGCCAGGACGAAAUUCACCACAGUUGCGAUCGGCUGGGCAUCGCACCCGACCGCUGUGUCGUCCUCGACCGCAGUGAGCUGCAGGAUAAUCCCACUACCUGGUGGGACGAAGAGCUCAUCCGCGACCUGGUCGCCCACUACGUUGAGCGCUGGAAAAUCGACUUGCUGUACACUUUCGAUGAUGGCGGUGUUUCCGGGCACAUCAACCACCGCGCGGUAAGCGCAGGCGUCCGCAAAUACGUUCAAAGUUCGCCACAGGCCCCGCCCGCCUAUUCGCUGCAGAGCACAUUCCUACUCCGCAAGUACUCCUCGUUGGUGGACUUGCUGCGUACUGCACUGCCUUUUUCCGGUCGCAUUCUGCGGGCACUCAUGAUCACGCCCCCGAAUGACCCCAGUCUGGUCCAUCUUGACCGAUAUCAGGACUCGGCCUUGCUGGUCAGCUCGUGGGAAACUUACCGGGUCGCUCGGUCAGCUUUCAGCCAGCACGAGAGUCAGUAUUCCUGGGAUCGCGUGUUGUACCUCGUCAUGAGCCGGUAUAUGUGGUUCAAUAAUCUGGUUCGAGUGGCUUAA